AUGGUCAACACAUCAUCAUCCGAAAAUCAACAAUCUUCUGCUACUCAAGGGCAAACAUUUCGAACAUUAUUGUACGGACAUGCUGUUUUAUUAAGACAUUACCACAGUCAAAUGCAUGCGUAUAUGUCAGUUAGUGAACGAGGCCGUGUUAAUGCAUCAUUUCGUCAACAAGUAUGGAGUCUCGUGCCAAUAUCUAGUGGCGUGGCAAGAGUGAAAAAUCCUGGAUAUGUCGUGGGCGGUGAUGUUGUUAGGAUUGUCCACGGUAAUAUGGAUCAUUGUAUUACCACACCACCACCAGAUAGCACGGUGAUAGAUGAUCCUGGAAGUUUGUUUAUCAAAGGUGGUGCUGCAUGUCACCAAGCUCGAUCAUUGUGGCGCAUAGAAUGUUUUAAAAUAAAAUGGUAUUCGGGAUUUGUUACAUGGAGUGCAUUGGUUCGUCUUCGACAUGUGACAUCUGGUCUAUAUUUGGCUGUAUUAGCUGAUGAAAAUAAUGCUCCAAGAGUAACAUGUAUAUCAAAGAAGAAUGCCAAUGUACAAAUGGUCACGUUUGAACUGAAAAUGUCUAAAGAAAAACAAAUUGAAGAAAUACAAGAACAAGAAAAUUUGGGUUCACCAACAGUGAAGUAUGGCGAUACAGUGAUCUUUAUAAGACAUGUUGAUUCAGACUUAUGGAUUUCAUACGAAACAUUAGAAUUGACAAUUAAAGGAAUUGGAAAAGUAGAAGAAAAACGAAUUAUUCCAGCUGUUGAAGGUCAUAUGGACGACUGUUUCAAACUCGUUCGUGCACAAGAAGAAGAACAAAAAACAGCAUUGGUAAUUAGAAUAUGUAAUGCAAUAUUAGGCCGAUUUAACCGUACAGAUUCAAUUGAUUCCGAAGCUGUUAAUCAUUUAUUAAGUAAAAGUGAUGUUGUACAAGGAUUAUUACAAGAUUUAAUUGGAUUUUUUUCACAACCCGAUCCAUCAUUAGAUCAUGAAGAAAAACAAUUACAUUUAAAAGCGUUAAGAAAUCGACAAGAUUUAUUUCAAGAAGAAGGAAUGAUUCGAAUAUUAAUGUCGGCAAUUAACUUCUUUAGCGAACGUCGUGAUAAAACGAUACUAUUAGAAGAUAUAAUGGAAAAAAUUGAAGAUAUUACCGAUAAAUUAUAUGUUGUGUUAGCGGCAAUGAUCAAAGGAAAUAGAAAUAAUUGUUCAAAUUUUGCUCAAAGUGCAAGGUUAAAUUGGCUUGUUAAUCGAUUGCAAUCACAACAAGCGAGUCGAGGUGUCUUAGAAGUAUUGCAUAGUGUACUAGUUGAUAGCCCAGAAGUAUUAAAUAUGAUAACAGAAUCUCAUAUAUUAGCAAUUAUUGCCUUAUUGGAUCGUAAUGGACGUGAUCCAAAAGUUUUAGAUGUUUUAUGUUCGUUAUGUGUUAACAACGGUGUUGCUGUUAGAGCAAAUCAAAAUGUUAUAUGCGAGAGUGUAUUACAACGACGUGAUUUAUUACUACAAACAGCACUCAUUGAUCAUGUCACAUGUAUGCGACCAAAUAUUCUUGUUGGUGUUGAAGAUGGUGAUUCGAUGUAUAAAAAAUGGUAUUAUGAAGUUGUUAUUGAUCAUAUUGAACAAGUAACACAUGUUAAACCACAUAUUCGUAUUGGAUGGGCAACAACUCAUUUUCUACCAUCACCUGGUCACGGUGAUGGAAUGUCAGCAAUUGGUAUUGGUGACAAUACAUACUCAUAUGGCUUUGAUGGUAAUAGUGUGUGGUUUGCUGGUCGUUCGUAUGAGGUGAAUAAUAACGGUGGAAAAACAGCAACAAAUGAACUGAAGAAAAAUGAUGUUAUUGGUUGUCUGUUAGACUUACAUAUACCAGAAAUGUGGUUUUCAUUAAAUGGUUUACCCGUCAAAGGUUUAUUAAGAGAAUUUAAUCUGACUGGAAUGUUUUAUCCAGCUAUAUCAUUGUCAUCGAGAGUCAGUUGUCGAUUUAUUCUUGGGGGUGAACACGGUCGUUUUUCUCAUCGUCCACCGGAGGGUGCUGCGCCACUAUAUGAAGCAAUGCUGAUGAAACAAAAAGUUUUAAUUGAACCUUGUUUUACCUUUGGCAAUAUUGAAAGAAAUCGUCUAGAAGGUCCAUCUGCAAUACAAUACAAUAUCGCAUUUACACCGCAGCCAGUUGAUACAUCACAUGUGAAUGUUCCUGUUUUUCUUGAAAGUUUUCGUGAUGAUAUGCAAAAAAUGCAUCCAUGUUUGACAUCGUUUGAUAAAUUACCGAUGACUGAAAAACAAUACGAUAUUACAACAGCUAUGGAAAAUCUUAAGAGUUUAUUAGCACUCGGCUAUCACAUUGGCAUUGAUAUAAAGACAGAUGAAAGACGUUUGAAAUAUGUUAAACUUUCAAAUACGUAUGUUCAAGGAAAUGGUUAUAAACCACAGCCACUAGAUUUGACAAGUAUACAAUUGAGUACCAAAAUGGAUGAAUUAAUUGAUAUAUUAGCAGAAAAUACGCACAAUGUAUGGGCAAUUGGACGUAUUAAAGAUGGGUGGAGUUAUGGUGUAUCCGACAAUAUACGUCAUAAACGUAGUCCACAUUUAAUACCUUAUGCAAUUGUUGAUGAUAGCAUUAAAAAGAUUAAUCGUGAUACAGCAAGUGAAACGGUUAAAACUCUGUUAGCCUACGGAUACACAAUUGAUGCUCCAUCGGGUGAUGUUGAAGAUAUUACACGUCGUUCAAAAGCAACAAAAUCGUCAUCAGCAUCAGCAUAUAAUUCUAAUAAUAAUAGUAAACGUAUUCAACUCUAUCGUACAUAUCGUGCAGAAAAAACAUUUGCGGUUACAAAAGGCAAAUGGUAUUAUGAAUUUGAAUUGAUAACAGCUGGACAAAUGUUGGUGGGUUGGUGCAAAGCGUCAAAUGUUGAUUGUUUUCAUCAAUUAGGUACAGAUUCGAAUGCAUACGUUUUUGAUGGUCACUAUGCAAGACGUUGGCAUCAAAAUUCAUCAGAUUCAUUCGGAAAACAGUGGCAAAGCGGAGAUGUAAUCGGAACUAUGAUUGAUUUACAUGAUAAAACCAUUAGCUAUUCGCUUAACGGAGAAUUAAUGUUAGAUAAUUACGGCAAUGAAACGGCGUUUGACAAUCUUGAAGUUGAUGAUGGUUUUGUACCAGCUAUAACAUUUUUUGUGGGACAAAAAGCUCGAAUCAAUUUUGGACAAGAUGUUAAUUCCUUAAAAUAUUUUACUUCAUGUGGUUUACAAGAAGGUUACGAGCCGUUCUGUGUAAAUUUAACAUUCUGGUAUUCAAAUUUUAUUCCACGUUUUUCGAAUGUAUCAUCAAAUUCAAAUUCAUUAGAAGUUAUACGUAUUGGUGCUAGUAGAGAUAAUCCACCAUCAAUUAAAUUGGUAUCAAAAUUAUUUGGCACAUUAGAUAAAGUUCAAUUUGAAUAUUUACGUUUGUCGUUGCCUUUAGCAUGUCAUGAUAAAUUUACACCAAAGCAUAUUACAAAAGAGCGUCGACAAAUUGCAUUAAAUGAAUUUCUUGAUCAACAAGAAGAAAAAAGAGCCUUUUCUUUUCCUCUAUCCGUUCCUGGUAUUCGUCGGCUAUCUCUAACUCCCGGCACCACAGAUACCAUUGAUUCACGUUUAACAACAGCAUCCGAUUUAACAACAAAUUCUAAUUUUCUUUCUCCUGAUAGUUUACACACAACAGCUGGGAAUAAUCCAUUAGCAGCAUCCAAUAAAGGUUUACGUAAUCCCUUGUUAGUUAAAUUCACAGACUCAACAACAUCAAAAAAGAGUAAAUCACCCUCUCCACCAACUACACCACAUAUUAAUGGAGAUUCACAUAUGUUAAAUGGUUCAUCGGAUCAUUUAACAGUUCCAGUUACACAACGUUUGAAAUCACCUGGCAAUAAACUUAACCAUUUUCUAAAUCGUUUUUCUAAAGAUACGAAUCGUGCCGAUUCAGACAACGCAAAACUGGGUAAACGUUCAGUAAAGAAUAGUUCUACUAAUAUCAAUUCAAAUGCUACGCUCACUGCUGAUGGUCUACAGCCACAAUCUGCACUAAAAUCGUCAACAUUACAAGCACCCAAACGGGGCGCAGCUCGACGAUCAUAUAUUGAAGGUGAAAAUGAAGAAGCUUUUCAAACAACAGAAUUAGAUACAGACGAAAUACGAGCGACCAUUGAUCAUAUUCACGAAUAUUAUUAUUCAAUACGAAUAUUUCCAUCUCAAGAUCCAAAAACAGUUUAUAUUGGGUGGGUAACAUCCAAAUUUAAGCCAAUAUUACAAGAUGGACAACACUCAACAAAUUCUUCAACAUCACCAUCAGUCACAACAUCAUCCUCGUCAACCACACCAGCUAAUAAUGCCAGUGGAAGAUUGUCUAAACUUGCUCGAAAAUGCACAAUAACACAAACAGCUGAAGACGGAUCUAUUUUAGAGAGUGUUACACAUAGUGAUUCUUAUCUGUUUUCGGCAUGGGAUCUGUUAGAAACUAUGCCCGAUACGGAAGCAGUUGCUCGUCGAGUGACAAAUGGUCUACUGAUCGGGUGUGUUUGUGAUAUAUCCACGGGACAAUUAACAUUUUAUGUUAAUGGAAAAGAGUCAACUCAAAAAUCAGAAGUUGAACCAGGCACUAAAUUAUAUCCAGCCGUAUUUGUUGAGCCAACAGCUAAAGAAGUUUUACAAUUUGAAUUAGGACGAAUUAAGGGAGUUUUACCACUGUGUGCAGCUCUUUUUCCCUCACUUGGAAAAGAAGAACGUUUUCUUCCACGAUUACCACCACGUCUUCAAUUACAAGUAUUACAACUUUGUCAUUGGUCACGUGUACCGAAUACUAAUCUCCGUUGUCAACAAUUAAAACUAUCAGAUCUACGAGGAUGGAGCGUUUUCUGUGAAGAUCCGGUCCAAAUGGAGGGCGUGUAUAUACCCGAAGAAGAUCGCUGUACAGAUAUUCUAAGUCUAGUUGAAAAUGAAGCUAAUUUAAGUUUUUGUGCAAAUACACUAACAUUAUAUAAUGCAAUAUGUGCUCAAGGAAAUAAUAGAGUGGCUCAUGAAGUCUGUAAAUUAAUUGAUGAAAAACAAUUGAUGCAUUGUAUAAAAAAUCCAUAUCUUUGUGGUUCAUUACGUACUGGUAUUCAUAAUUUAUUAAUUGCUCUCCAUUUUGAACCACAUGUACGUGGAAAAAGUUUAACAUCAAACGAAUUUAUUAUACCGCUAUCAAGUUCUUUGAGAAAAAAUGUUCUAUUACGUACACACGACUCAUAUGAAAUACAAAAACCGACAACAUCAUCGUAUAUACCACCAAUGGAACAUUUUCUAUCUGUAAGACCAAAAUUGAUUAAAGAAGAAGAUAUUAAAUCUGAACGUGAACGUAAAUUAUUGGUACCACCACCAUUUAAUGUUGCAUCAUUAAAAGAAUACGUUAUGUCAUCGAUAACAGAUGCAAUUGAAAAAAGUGCCAGACAUCUUCGUGAUCCAGUUGGUGGUUCCUAUUCAAAUUGUCCUUUAUUACAAUUGGUUGAUGCUUUGCUGGUCAUGGGACUAUUGGGUGCCAACGAUAUUCAACAAUUAUUGAUAUUAAUUGAUCCAAUAGCAUUUGAAACAAAUUAUGAUAAAAAAGAAUUGUCAAAUAUUGAAGAAGGCUUAUUACAAAUGAAAUUAGAUGAACCAGUUAAACUUCAAAUGUGUUUUGUACUACAUCAUUUAUGCGAUUUUCAAUUACAAUAUCGUAUUGAAGCAAUUGUUGCUUUUUCCGAAGAAUUUGUUGCUCGAGUUCAAGUUGAUCAAAAAAGACGAUAUAAUGUUUUAAAAGAGUCGAGUUUACCACCGGCACUUAUGGCGAAGAAAACAAAAGAAUUUCGUUGUCCAGCUAAAGAUCAAAUGCAAGCAUUAAUGAAUUUUAAACGAAAUGAUGAUGAAACAUUAAUUGGAAAUGAAGAUAUGCAAGAAGAAAUUAAAGAAGCAUUAAAAAAUUUUCAUUCAAAUCUUUUAUUUUUACAACAAGUGAAACAAACAAAUAGUGAUAUUGAUCCAUUAGCAUUGAUAAAUCAAAUUGAUCCAAAUUUAUCAUUAUCACUUUUUGAACGUUUAUUAAAAAUUAUUAUUCAACGAGCAAUGAGAGAAAAAACGAAUCCAAAUAUGUUAACAAAUAUGACAAAAGAAUUAACAUCGAAACGUGGAAAAACAUUAUGUGAAGUAAUUAAAGCAACAAUAAUCAAAUGGGGUUAUGCAACACAUAUAAAUGAUCCUUAUUUAAUACGAGAAAUGUUUAAAUUACUUUAUCGUCAAUAUGAUGGUAUUGGAGAAAUUGCUCGAUGUCUUGAAAAAACGUAUACAAUUAGUGAAAAAUCUGUUCGUGAUAUAACUCAAUUACUUCGUCAAUUAAGUAUUGUACGUGCAUUAAUAACUGUUCAAAUGGAUGCUGAUGAAGAAGAAAUAAUGAUUCGAUGUUUAAAUGAUAUAAUGGAUAAUAAAGUAUUUUAUCAACAUCCUGAUUUGAUGCGUUCAUUAUGUGUUCAUGAAACAAUUAUGGCCAUUAUGGUUAAUCGUCUAAAUAAAAGUAAACAAGAACAAAGUUCAAUGUCCAGUUCGAAUGAUAUUAACGGUUUAAUACCGACAAUUGAAGGUGAAAAUCAAGAACCACAUGUACAAAAAGAGGAUAAAGUAGAAUUAGUUACAACAUGUUGUAAAUUUUUAUCCUAUUUUUGUCGUACAUCACGUCAUAAUCAACGUGCCAUGUUUGAACAUUUAAGUUAUCUACUAGAGAAUAGUUCAAUGUUAUUGUCUCGUCCAUCAUUGCGUGGUUCAUCUCCAUUAGAUGUUGCAUGUGCCAGUGUCAUGGAUAAUAAUGAACUGGCCUUAGCAUUACGUGAAUCACAUUUAGAAAAAAUAGCAUCUUAUUUAUCACGUUGUGGUACAACAAGAAAUGAAGAAUUAUUUUUACAAGGUUAUCAUGAUAUUGGAUGGGAUCCUGUUGAAGGAGAACGAUUUUUAGAUUUUCUUAAAUUUUGUGUUUGGGUUAAUGGUGAUACUGUCGAAGAAAAUGCUGAUUUAGUUGUACGCUUAUUAAUACGUCGUCCAGAUUGUUUGGGACCAGCAUUACGUGGUGAAGGUGGUGGUCUAUUAAAAGCCAUUAAAGAAGGUAUUGCACAAUCGUUAUAUAUAGCACGAAGUGAUCGAUUACAAGUUCGUUUACCAUAUGAAGAUGAUGAAGAAUAUAUUGAUUUGGGUGCUGCCGAAUUAUCAUUUUAUGCAAUAUUAGUGGAAUUAUUAGGACGUUGUGCACCAUCAGAAGAAACAAUUAAAAUGGGAAAACCAAGUGCUGUAAGAGCUAAAUCAAUAUUAAAAAGUUUAGUAUCCAUGCAUGAUUUAGAAGGUGUACUUGGAUUAAAAUUUUUAUUACCAAAUGAAGAAGCGAUGCCACCAGGAUUACAACCAGCUCAUAAAAUGUCAAUAAUCCUAUUUUUAGAACGUGUCUACGGUAUACCAGAUCAAGAAACAUUUUUUCGUCUAUUAGAAGAUGCAUUUCUUCCUGAUAUACGAGCAGCUACUAUUUUGGAUAUGGCAGCAGCAUCUGAAAGCGAUAUGGCAUUAGCAUUAAAUCGUUAUAUAUGUAACAGUAUAAUACCAUUAAUGACAAAUCAUGCAACUUAUUUUGAUGAUAGCGAUCAUCGUUCAUCAUUAUUAGAAUCAACAUUACACACAGUCUAUCGAUUAUCAAAAUGUCGAUCAUUAACAAAAAAUCAAUUGGAUACUGUUUGUGAAUUUUUAUUAGCAUUUGCCACUACGUUGAAACCAUCAAUGAUGACACCAUUAUUACGAAAAUUAAUUCAUGAUAUACCUGCAUUAACCGAUCAAACUAUUGUCCCAUUAAGAAUGUUAACACAAUGGUACGAACGAUGUGGACGAUAUUAUAGUACGAGUGCUACAGAAGAAGAAAAACGUUUAACAAUGAUAUUAUUUCAAAAAAUAUUUGAUGCAUUAGCCUCUCGAGCUUAUGAUCCAGAAUUAUUUAUCAAAGCAUUACCAUGUUUAUCAGCCAUUGGUAGUGCAUUAUCACCUGAUUAUUCUUAUUCAAUCAAUGCACAGGAUAACAUUGACUAUGAACGAGAACGAGUGGAAUUACAACGAGGAUAUGAACCAAAUCCUGUUGAUACUACGGGUAUUACAUUAAGUUCAAAUCUAGAAGAAUUUGUUAAAGCAUAUGCUGAGAGUGUACAUGAUCAAUGGAGCUAUGCCAAAAUUGAACAAGGUUGGAUAUAUGGUGAACAAAUUAAUGAUAAAUAUCGUCAACAUCCAAAUAUAAGACCAUAUAAAAUGUUGGAUCGAAAAGAUCAUGCUAAAAUUGAAGAGCCCAUACGUGAAGCUCUAAAAGCAGUAGAUAAAUUACAAUUUCAUUUGGAAAAAACAGACAGUGGUUCAACUCGUGUAGCAACAAAACCAUUACAACGAAAAAAGCAAAAAGAUAAUAAAACACCCGAUUAUCUUCCAAAAGCAAUGGAUUUUUCUAGUAUAACGUUAACAAGAGAAAUGCAGGAUCUUUCUGAAGCAUUAGGAGAGAAUGCACAUGAAUUGUGGACACGACAAAUGAAAAAUCGUUUGAAUGCAAUUGGUGGAGGUUUACAUCCUCGUCUUGUACCCUAUGAUUUAUUAACUGAUAAAGAAAAACAAAAAAAUCGUAAAUUUUAUCAAGAAUUAGUUAAAUAUCUUUAUACAUUUGGUUAUCGUGUAAAUAAAAAUCUUUCGGAUGAUCGUAAUGAUACAAAUAUUAAUAAAAUAAAAAUGAAUAGAGAGGAUGAAAAUAAUUUAGCAUCAUCUCUCUCAACACCACAUACGACCGAAAAACGUUUUGCAUUCAGUUUAUUAGAAAAAUUACUUGAAUAUGUUGAACGUGCUGCAUACAAUAUGCAAAAUUAUAAAGAAAGUUCAAAAUUUUCAUUACAUGAAAGUUAUCGUUUAUCAACAAAAGAUGUUAAAUUUUUUGGAAAAGUAGUAUUACCUUUAGUUGAACGAUAUUUUCAAGCUCAACGACAUUAUUUUAUUAUGCCAGCAUCAUUAAAAACAGGUGUUGGUUAUGCAUCGGUUAAAGAAAAAGAAAUGAGUUGUAGUUUAUUUUGUAAAUUAGCAUUUUUAUUACGACACAAAUUUACGGCAUUUGGAAAUGAUGUUAAUAUAUCUGUUAGAUGUUUAAAAGUUCUUGUACGAGCAAUUGAUGUUAGUUCUGUAAUGAAAAAUUCACAAGAAAUGGUACGUGCGUCAUUGUUACCAUUGUUUAAUAAUAUAGCCGAGGAUUUAAAUCAAACAGUACAAAAUCUUCAACAAGGACGAUAUAGUCAAAUUAAAGGAACAUUACAACGUGGAGCAACGAGAAAAAAUCAAUAUGGUAUUGAUGUAUUUGAAAAUGAAAUACAAUUAGCCGGUUAUAAAAUUCUAAAUGCUCUAUGGGUCAUUGGUACACAAGGAACAAAAUUUGUCAAUCGUGAAUGGAUUAUUGAUGAAUUAAAUCGACAUCGUCCAUUAUUAGGAGAAUGUCUUAGUUCAUUUGCCUCCUGUUUUCCUGUUGCAUUUUUUGAACCAGAAUUUAAUCGUAACAAUAAACAUGCAUCAAAUAUAUCGCAACUAUCGCCUGAGGCUCAAGAUGUAAUGACAAAUAUUGCACAAACAAUUCCACAUUUAACAAAAGUCAUAGCUGAUAUUGAAGAACAUGCUGAUUCCGGUUCAAAAUAUGAAGAGGCACCACAUUUAGUUGAAGUAAUAUUACCCUCUGUUUGUUCAUAUUUACCAUUUUGGUGGAAUUAUGGUCCACAAAAAGUCAAACAAGCAGAUGAUGCCAAAGUCACAAAUGUGACAACGGAUCAUAUGAAUUCUGUACUAGGAAGUGUAUUAAAAUUAAUUAAUAAUAGUAUUGAUGCUCAAGACGCACCAUGGAUGAAACGUAUUGCAGUUUAUACUCAAGCGAUAAUAUUGAAUUCGUCAACAAGUUUAUUAGAAAAAUAUUUUCUUCCGGUAUCUCAACGUUUGAAAUUAAAAAGUGAUGAUUUAUAUUAUCAAGAAGAAAAUCUUAAACAUGCCACACGAUUAGAAUCCUCCGACAGAGAAGAUUUAGAAACAUCAUUGAUGAAGAAUUAUGAAAUAUUAGUUCGUGAUGUGUAUGCAUUUGGCCCAUUGUUAGUUAAAUAUGUUGAUUUACAUCGUUCAUAUUGGUUAAAAACUGGUGAUCCCUAUGCCAGUGAAUUAUAUAAUAAUAUGGCCGAAGUAUUUUCAACAUGGUGUAGAUCAAAAUUUUUUAAACGAGAAGAAUUGAAUUUUGUUACACAACAUGAAAUUGAUAACACGAGUAUGUUAAUGCCAAGUACUGGUGGUUCAUCCAGUUCAGCAACUGGUAGUAAUGCAUCAUCGGCGACUGCUGCAAGUACUACUGCUGGAAGCAGUAGUGGUGGACAAAUUGAUAUGAUGAAAACUUUGGGUGGUCAUGAUGGUGGUGGUGGUGGCGGAUCUAUGCCAUUAAAACAGAAACGAAAAAAACGUCGUAUGGAUAAAGAAAAAUUUACAUCACUAAGCGUUGCUUGUAUGAAACGUUUGUUACCAAUUGGAAUGAAUAUGUUUGGUGGACGAGAACAAGAAUUAGUACAAAUGGCUAAACACAAAUUGAUUGAAGCUGAUCAAGAAGAAGCUGUUGAAGAAUUUUUACGUGAAACAUUCUACGCACAAGAACAGGGUGAAAUGAUAAAUAAAAAUAGUUGGCAAAGUUUAUUAUAUCGAAAAAUUGGUUCAAAAUCCACUGGUGCUGUCGUAUCUCAAGAAACAUCUAUCAAAAAUAUACUAAAAAUGGCUAAAGUUUUAUUUGGCUUACAUCUUGUUGAUCAUCCACCUACACAUCGUCGUGGAACAUGGCGCAAACUGAUUUCAUCACAACGUAAAAAGGCGGUUAUGGCUUGUUUUCGAAUGGCACCGUUACAUUCUGUACCAAGACAUCGUGCUAUGAAUAUGUUUUUACGAGCUUAUCGAGAAAUAUGGUUGGAUGCUGAAGAAGAUACACGAGCAAGAUUAAUUGAAGAUUUAUGUGACGAUAUUAAUCAGCAAGGUGAUAGUGGACAAGAAAUAACAACAAUUAAAGAAGAGGCAGAAACUGAAACAACAUCAUUAACAUUAACAUUAACAUUUAAGCCAGAUUCGUUAAGACAAUUGUUACAAUGUUUAAAUCGUUCAGCAACAGCUGAACAUUUAUCAAUAUUUAGUAUCACAGAUGAUAUUGUCUAUUUAUCUUAUGCAACAAUUAUGAGCAAAAGUUGUGUUAUAAACGACGAUGAUGACGAUGGAGGUGUAGAAGAGGCAAAAUCAUUUCAGGAACAAGAAAUGGAAAAACAAAAAUUAUUGUACGAACAAAAUAGAUUGGCAUUACGUGGAGCUGCUGAAACUGUGCUAUUGUAUAUUAGUGCUAGUAAAGGUGAAAACAAUGACAUGUUACAACGAACAUUACAAUUGGGCAUAUCAUUAUUACAUGGUGGAAACAGAGACGUUCAAAAGCGCAUGUUAUCUUAUCUAAAAGAAACAAAAGAUGUUGGCUUUUUUACAUCAUUAGCAUCAUUGAUGGCAAAUUGUAGUGUUCUUGAUUUGGAUACAUUUGAACGUUGUAUCAAAGCUGAAGUAUUAGGAGUAGGAUCAGAAGGAAUGGCUGGUGAAAAAAAUUUACAUGAUGCCGAUUUUACUAUAUCAUUAUUUCGAUUUUGUCAAUUAUUAUGUGAAGGACAUAAUCUUGAAUUUCAAAAUUAUUUACGUUCACAAACUGGCAGUAAUACAAAUGUCAAUAUUAUUAUUUGUACAGUCGAUUAUCUACUUAGUUUGCAGGAAUCCAUUAUGGACUUUUAUUGGCAUUACUCUGGAAAAGAAACAGUUGAUGCUCAUGGAAAGGAAAAUUUUUGUCGUGCUAUUAGUGUGGCGAAACAAGUUUUUAAUACAUUAACAGAAUACAUUCAAGGUCCAUGUCCUCAAAAUCAGUUAGCACUAGCUAACAGUCGUUUAUGGGAUGCAAUUGCCGGAUUUUUGUAUAUAUUUGCUCAUAUGCAACGAAAACUAUCACAAGACCCACUUCAAAUUGAAUUACUUCGUGAAUUAAUGAAAUUGCAAAAAGAUAUGAUUAUAAUGCUUUUAUCAAUGUUGGAAGGUAGUGUAUUUGAACUCGACUGUAAUGUUCUUAAUGGUCCUAUUGGAAAACAGAUGGUCGAUACUUUAAUUGAGUCACAAUCAAAUGUUGAAUUAUUAUUACAAUUUUUUGAUAUAUUUUUGAAAAUGAAAGGUUUAACAACAUCAGAAGCAUUUCAAGAAUUUGAUACGAACAAAGAUGGAUUUAUUUCACCAAAAGAAUUUCGUCGGGCAAUGGAAGCACAAAAGAUGUACACAAACCAAGAUAUUGAUUAUAUUUUGAUGUGUGUUGACACAAAUCAAGAUGGUAAAAUUGAUUUUAUGGAAUUUACGGAACGUUUUCAUAAUCCAGCCAAAGAUAUCGGUUUUAAUAUGGCCGUAUUAUUAACAAAUCUUUCCGAACAUAUGCCGCAUGACGCAAGACUUCAACGAUUAAUGGAUAAGGCAAAAAGUUUUCUAUCCUACUUUCAAGAUUAUCUUGGUCGUAUUGAAAUUAAGGGUAGCGCUGGCUAUAUUGAACGUGUCUAUUUUGAAAUAAGAGAAGCAAAUAUUGAACAAUGGAAUAAAAAACAUAUCAAAGAAUCGAAAAAACAAUUUUUACAUUUUGCGGUUAAUGAAACAGAUGAUAAAGAAAAAUUAGAACAAUUUAUUAAUUUUUGUGAAGAUACAAUAUUUGAAAUGCAACAUGCUUCCUCACUAAGUGGCGAAGAAGAAGAUCGUGUUACACAAGUUGUUCGAUUACAAACUGAAGCUGGUGUAGCUAAUCAACAUUCAAUGACAACAGAACCAAUUAAAAUUGCACUUUCAUUUACUUGGAGCGGUAUUAAAGGUCUAUUUCAUAUAUUAAAACCCUCAACAAUUCGUGCUGGUUAUUUAACAUUAAAACAAAUGACAUUAAAAGAUAUUGGACGAGAAUUAAUGAAAUUAUCAAUUAAUUUUAUAUGGUUUAUUUUCAUAUUUAGUAUUCAUAUUUUAAGUCUGCAUGUUUUUAUAAUCCUUAAAUUUUUAAUAUCAAAUCGUCAUUAUCAUCGUCUUUCGAUCUUAUUUCAACGUUUUAUUAAACGUUUACGAUCGUUAGUUUUCAUUGAUAAUGGUACUAACACAAAUUACAAACAUCAUAAAAGGAAAUCAAUUAAUAUUUAUAACAUUAAUACAAAUACUAAUACUAAUGCUAAUAAUAAUAAUAAUAGUAAUUAUCACAAUAGUAAUACAAAAAAUGAUCAUGAUCGUUCUUAUUUUUUUCACAAUUCAACAGCUUCCACUCAACAGCGAUUAACAAAAAUUUUUGAAUUACAAAGCCAAAAAUCGAAAGAUUCACAACAUACAUCGUCUAUAAAAAAUUAUUAUGAUAAUAUAGAAAAAAAUUUAAACAACCGAACAUUAACAUAUUGUAUGUGGAAUUUGAUGGCAGGUGAGCAAGAAGAAAAAGUUCCAAAAAUUGCAUUACCACCACCGACAAAACGUCGAGAUCAAAUGCCAACUGUUACAGUUGCACAAUUUGGUUUUACUGAUUUUGAAGAAGCACCACCAAUGAGUGCAUUCGGACUUGAUAUUAAUGCCGAUCCACCACAAAAACCGAAAAUGUCAAUUAUUCCUGAUGAUCAAGUUAAUGUGCUAAAUUUUGAUAAUAACAUGAGUGCACAAGCAUUUGAAGAACAUACUCCUUUAUUCAUUAAUAAUAUUGAUCAAACAACAGGACAAUCAACUUCAACAGCUAAAAGCGUAACAACAACAACUGCUACAACAUCUCUCAUUACGUCUCCGAUACAAUCUCAACAACAGACAGUAACAGCGUCUGUUGCUAGUCCACAAUUAGCGACAACAAUUCAUAUGAAACCGCAGAAUAGUGAAAAAACAAAAGCAGCACUUGAAGUAUCGGUAAAAGCCGAAUAUGAACAAAAACCAAUUUCAGCUAUAAAUAGUACGGUAGAAGAUGAUGACUUUUUCCAUCCAGAACCACCACCAAAAUCAGAUUAUGGAAAAAAAGCAAUGGCAACAUUUGUUAUCAAUUUUUUGAUGUUAUUUUAUAAAGCAAUUGCUUUUCCAACUGGUGGUGCACAACUGAUACCUGAUGAAGGAAUAGAUGGUGAAGAUGAAGAUGAAAAUGAAGUGAUUAUGAUUGAUCCAAAAAAUUAUUACAUGAAUUAUCUAUUACGUUCAAGUGCUUUUCUACAUUCAUGUGUAGCAUUUUUAAUGAUGAUUAGUUAUUAUAAAUUGAAAGUUCCAUUAGUAAUAUUCAAACGUGAAAAAGAAAUUGCUAGAAAAUUAGAAUUUGAAGGUACAUGGUUAACUGCUGAAGCAACAGAAGAUCAUCCCUGGAUUAUAUCAUAUUUAUCACGUGAAUGGCAUAAAUUAGUUAUUAGUUCAAGAUCAUUUCCCGAUUCAUAUUGGGAUAAAUUUGUUAAGAAAAAAGUUCGAAAUAAAUAUAGUGAUCAAUUUGAUUAUGAUGAAUUAAGUAAAUUUUUGGGUAUGGAAAAAAGUGAUACACCACACAAAUUUGAAAUAGUAAAACAACCACAGUAUGGUUUCUGGGGAAAAUUAACAGCUAUAGAUUGGCGAUAUCAGUUAUGGAAAUGGGGUGUGAUAUUUACUGACAAUUCAUUUCUUUACGUAUUCUUCUAUUUCCUAUUUUCUGUAAUUGGAAAUUAUAAUUAUUUUGUAUUUGCUGCACACUUACUCGAUGUUGCUAUUAGUGUUAAAGCAUUAAGUACAAUAUUAAAGUCGAUUACACAUAAUGGCAGACAGCUUAUGUUAACAAUCAUGUUAAUGGCCGUAUUGGUCUAUCUUUAUACAGUAAUAGCAUUUAAUUUCUUUCGAAAAUUUUAUACAAAAGAAGAAGAUGAUGAAGUAGAACAAAAUUGUAAAGAUAUGUUUACGUGUUUCAAAUUUCAUUUGUAUAGUGGUAUUCGUGCUGGAGGUGGUAUUGGAGAUGAACUAGAAUCGCCUAAUGGAGAUCCAUUAGAAUUUUACAGAAUCAUAUUCGAUAUAACAUUUUUCUUUUUCAUUAUUGUUAUUUUGUUGGCAAUUAUUCAAGGUUUGAUUAUUGAUGCAUUCGGUGAUCUUCGAGAACAAUUGGAUUCUGUUAAAUCGACUCUUGAAUCAAAAUGUUUUAUCUGUGGUAUUGGUCAAGAAUAUUUCGACAAAGAACCGCACGGUUUUGAAGUUCAUACAACAAAAGAACAUAAUUUCGCUAAUUAUAUGUUCUUUUUAACACAUUUACUUAAUAAACCAGAUACAGAAUAUACUGGACAAGAAAGUUUUGUAUGGGAAUUAUAUCAAAAACGUGAUUGGAAUUUUUUUCCAGUGGGUGACUGUUUUAGACGACAGUAUGAAACGGGUGGUACAACCGAUCAAAGUUAA